CUGACACGUUGACUCUGCCACGCCUUUGUCCCUUUUUGUUUGACCUGCACUUUACUUCGUAACUUCGCAGCCAUUGCAUUAUCUCUGAUCACUUUAGACGACUACCAAUCGUGAGAGAUUUCAAAAUAACUAUAGGUAGCGAUAAUCGUUUAGAUUCUCAAAUUUUGCGAGAAAGUUUAGUAUUAUAUCUAUAAAUAAAAGUCGAAGAAUAUAUCGGUUUACUAACAACGGUCGUGAUGAUCGAAUAGCAGUCGUCUUAAUGUUUUUCCAAAGUGCGCUCUAAAGGUCGGAUAGUCCAAAUUAAAGGCUCAACGCUGUAGUUCUGAAUGUUGCGAUGGGUCUAGUUACGUGUAUUCGGAAUCUCUUCGUAAGUGAUAGCGAAGCAGCCACGUCCCCCUAUGUCCCAAGCAGGUUUAUGUCUGAAGCGGGCUUCGGGUCACAUUAUUCAUAUAUAGCUAUGAUUCUCCUUUUUUUCCCCUUGAUACCCUCUGCUGCUCGCCUUUACUCACUGUUCAUUAACUUUUUUGUAAUAUAGAGCUACUUCGACUAUGUUGAUGGUUCACAGUUACAGAUAAGUAUAUCUAUUGCAAUGGUUUUGUCUCUAGCAUUGGUAUUUUUCACUAACUCCCGUUACCGAGUCAACUUUUUAUUGGUUGUUUAUUGAGGCAGUAGCGGUUGCGUCAGCAGCAGCAGGCGGCGUAUACGUUGUCGCGCACCCGUCUGUUGGACGAAGGCCGGCCGGCGCCGGGCAGUCAGCUGUUAGCUGGGCCGAUUCGUCGACACCGUUCAGAUAUUGUUGAGCUGCUGGUAUUUCCAGUCAACCCCUGUGGGUUCCUCCUCUCUCAGCGCUCCAUUCCAUCUCUGCUGUUGUGAGCCAUAACAGCACGAACAAGUUACGAUGAUAGGACGCCCUCCUAGAAUUGCUGCUGCUAGCGAGGACCGUCGCGCCUGCACAGAAAAGCUGAUCAAAAGCGUGCCAGCCUCACCACGAGCUGCACAGUGGUCACGGAACGCGUUUCGACGACGUAAAGCACAUAAAGAGCAAACGAGGACACUGGACGACAGCGGAUUGCACGGAGAGACCGAAGCUGUUCGCAACUGGAUUGCAGACGGGCAAACAAACAAUUUGCGUCACGUUAGCGACGGCUGCCGAACAAUCGCCGUAAUAUACUUGGUCAUCCGGAGUACUUCAGUCGAGUGUUCGGAUCAGGAGUUGUUUCCCGUGGCGCGUUUGCAUCCGGCAAGCGGAUCAGAGAUCGGAACGGAACGAGUUAUCGUUGUUCGUGCUCAUAGCUACGACUGCAUCAGCGACCAUCAUGCCACCGCUCAAUACGUCACCGAAGUUCGCCGGGGUCUCUGGCGAGAUGUCGAUCGAGGAGGCCAACAAACAUGUCGUGUUCAAGCUUGUUCUCACAGGAGGGCCGUGCAGUGGUAAGACGACGGGGCAGGCACGAUUGUCGAGCAUGCUCGAAAUGCAUGGCUGGAAGGUAUAUCGAGUUCCAGAAACUGCGAACGUCCUUCUAGGAGGUGGGGUGAAUUUCGGAGAACUCAACGCCGAACAAGUCGAAAGCUUUCAGGAGAAUUUAUUAUUAACUAUGAUGGCAAUAGAGAAAACUUUCUUCGAGCUUGCACAUAUGGGAAACAAGAAUUGUAUAGUCAUCUGUGAUCGAGGCACGAUGGACCCAUCAGCAUUUGUUGACCGUGCAACUUGGAAUCGCAUUAUCAGAAAGCAUGGAUUAAAUGACGUUGAUCUUCGUGACAACAGGUACAACCAAAUCCUGCAUCUCGUAUCGGCCGCGAAGGGCGCUGAAAAAUACUAUACAACAGCGGGCCACGGCACCCGAAAGGAGACCCUAGAAGAAGCUCGAGAAAGAGACGACAAGGCUAGCCAGGCUUGGGUUGGUCACCCCUAUAUCGAGGUAAUCGACAAUUCCACAGAUUUUGAGGGAAAAAUGAAGCGCGCCCUGGAGUGCGUUUGCCGGAAACUCAGGAUACCUGUUGAUGCCCGACUGCAGCAGAAUUCGCGCAAGAUAAAGUUUUUAGUGAAGUCGAUGCCGGACGAAAAAGUAUUCCCGCCAUUCCAGGAUUUCGAAGUAAUUCACGACUAUCUGAUAUCGUCCGAUCCUCAGAAACUACAGAUGCGUUUACGUAAGCGCGGUCAGAACGGCCACUGGUCGUAUACAUAUACGCAGAGACAGCGGGAUAGCCCUGACGAUCAGGUGAUCGAAAUCAAGCGAACCAUCAAUCAUCGGGACUAUGCGAACUACCUGGCCCAGCGAGACCCCACGCGUCUCGCUGUCUUCAAACGCAGGCGAUGUUUCAUCUGGAAUAUGAAUUCUUACCAGCUUGAUUCAUACAAACAGCCUUGCAAUCCCCGGUGCGAAGGAUUGAUCAUUCUUGAGGUUUACACGAACGGUGGGGACAUCGAAAAACUCAAGCCCGAUUUCCUCGAUAUUGUUCGUGACGUGUCUCUCGACCCGGAGUACUCCAUGUACAAUCUUGCAAAAUUGGACAAUUCACCUUCAAACGUCGCGCAAACCCCACCCAACGCUCUGCUUAUGACUAGUAGUAUUGCCAACGCUAAUCUCAAUCGAAAUAGCCUACCUCAGGCUCAUCCGGCGCCCACUAGUAACAGCCCGUCCAAACGAAACUCGGCUUCUUCAUAGCCUCCUCCGAAGUCAGGCACAGUUGUUAAUGAUAUUCACGUUCUACUUAUCAAUCAAUUGAAGAACUCCGAUUGUUCCUGCAAUCCGUCCUAUGGCUGUUUGGUCUGCUUGUCGGUCGUAAUCGUUACCGUUACUGCAGAAUACGGCCUCCACGUGUAGGGGAGAUGAUUCGUCAAACGCUUAGGCGUAUUAAAAUGUAAGGGAUUACAACUGUAAAUAACGAACAGUUAAUAAUAAUAAUAGCCAACAGCUUGAAAAAAGCAGGUGUAGGGUCGCAACUCUGAGGUGCGCCAACAGGACCGAUUAGUGAGGACGCACAGAGGUAGGCUUAAGAUACCGAGGAUUAGAUCGCCGCGUGCUAGUUCACUAGCCAAAAUUAAGGACUCAUAAUGACAAACAACUGGCAAAUUCUGGUCGGACGAAAAAAAACUUAAACACACAAAAGACACCGGUUGUACACAAGCUGAACAUGGAGAUAGAGAUCCAAAUCCACUAGACGCAAUUAAUAAAACUGUUUUAGUAAUACACGCAUCGUUGAGCUGUCAGCAUAACAACAUUUAGCCUCAUAUAUAUAAUGAAACAAAACAAAGCUGCAUGUAGCGAUGGCAUUCAAAAUAAUAAUAAUGAAAAUAAAAAAAAUUACGGAACCUCUGGACACAAAAUGGGGCUUUAGAUAUUGUGGGCUUUUUAAUAGAGCUCUGGUCUGGAUUGCUUAAAUGUUUACCAACCUUACAAUGAGACAUAAUCCGUAAAGAAGGGUAUAAUAUCCGAAUACAAUAAUAGUAGAGAUUUUCAUUAUAUGAAAUACUAAUUACGUAAAUAUCCUCAUUACGCUUUAUCACGCUUAAUUUAGAUAUCGCUGGAAACGUGCUGAUGAAAACGAGUUCAGAUGCCAUAUAAGAAUAACACUAGAGAUUAAACGCUUUUCCGUCGCUCAGUCGAUUCAUAUCGUUAAAGAUCAGAACGAGAGUGUGAUAUCAGUCAGACAGCACAAACAUAAUGGUUUGCCAUUAGCGCUGUGAUAUUGUCCGGAAAAAAAUUAGGAUCAACAGACGUAACUGAUAUAGAAAGGCUAGAUAGCACAAAAAAUUAUUAAACAUUGUACUGCUGAGAACACUAACUCGCGGCCGAUAUAGCGUGAAAAGAAAAGCAACGCUAGACCAUCCUGACUUUCUAUUGGAAAAUAAUAAAUAUUAGUAUACAUGCAUCUAUAUUUAAGCCAUAUUUUAUCCAAGUAUUUCUUUCCGAUCUUGAAAUUAACCUUAACCGGCUACCGAAUAGGUAUCAAAUGCGUAGUCUAAGAGUGGUACGUUCAUUGUAAGAAACUAAGCUUACAGAUCAGCCAUGCCCCA